AUGCGCCUCGCUGAUCUUGCCUGGAAGGCAGUCACUGAGGAUAUCAUUCGCCGCUGCUGGGAGAAGACAGGUAUUCUUCCUGAUAUGUCUACUCCUCCUCCUACAUCCAACCCCCUUUCUAAGCUUGAGCAGUCUGUGUCUGACUCGCUUGAUGCACUUGACGAAUGUGGUGUACUUCAGAAGAACAACUGCGUUGACCUUGAGGAGCUUGUUAACUCAGCUGCUGAGCAGAUUGUGGUGGAAGAGACCUCAGAGGAGGAGAUCUGCUCGGCUGUUCCUGAACGGCAUGCAGAAGGCAAUGUCAUUGUCAUUGACAAUGAUGAGCCUGAGACACCACUCCCUAGCCGCACAGACACAUUAGCUGCUGUUGCUACACUUCAGCAGUAUAUUUCAGGUGUUGAUGGGGACUUUGCGCAUAGUAUGGAGAAGGUACUGGCUGACUUUGAUCGCCAGACUCGCUUAGAGGGACUUAAGGGCCUCAAGGAUACCUCUAUCACCCAAUAUUUCAAGUCUGCUUAA